AUGGAGGACAACGCCGAGCUUGAAUCUUUCCGCCAGCAAUGGCGCGAGGAGGUCACUCGUCGAUCCAAGCCCAGGCCUGCGCCUCAUGCAACUCCGAUAUCGACUGCCCCGCCCCCGGUUCGCCUGCCGCCCACGCGCCAUGAGGCUUCUCACCGCAAAGAGAUCGAGGAGGAAGGUCCGCCACUUGCUUCCUUUGACCCCGAUGAGCUGGCGCAACAAGUCGGAGAUCUGAGCGUAAAGCCAGACGAAGAUGAUUUCUCACGUCGAGAGGUAUCGGAACCAACGUCUGCUCUGGAGCAUUUCGAAAGAGCGGUUGAGAAGGAAGCCGAAGGCAACUUAGGAGACAGUCUUUCACACUACCGCAAGGCAUACAGGGUGGAUGCCGCUGUGGAUAAGUCCUACCGGAACAAACACUAUGCCCACGUAUGGAAGAAGCCCAAUCAGCCUGCGCCAGUUACCCCUGUUGGGGCGACUCAACAGCCUGCAGAAGUAGCGGUGGUUCCGACACCUGAGCUCAUUGCGUCAUUCGCAGACCUGUCAAUUCCGCAGAGCGAGCCUAUUCUCGAGAAUACACCACCGCCUCCCUGUCCAAUAGCCAAUGUGCCGGCGGAAGUGAUAACGGAGAUUUUACGACAUGUGGCCAUGGACGACCCAUCGACCUUUGGCCGGAUGGCAUUGGUAUGUAAGCGGAUGGCUUAUCAUUUUGCGCAUGAACAACAUAUAUGGAAGCAGGUCUGCCAAGGGCGGAAAUUUGGGUUCCAAGGAAUGCACUAUGACUUCGCAUGCGACCUGCUGGGGGAACCGAUCUUCACACUCGGAGAAAGGUACACUCCUUUCCCUACAGGCAUGCCUGUAGAAGUUCCACGGCCGCUAUCUUCAUGGAGCCAAGUGUUCCAAACGCUCCCUCGAAUUCGUUUCACGGGUGUCUACAUCAGCACGGUCAACUACACUCGGCCUGGUGCUGCCGCUGCAUACUCAAACUUGACAUGGGACAGUCCCAUCCACAUCGUGACCUACUACCGCUAUCUGCGGUUCUAUCCAGAUGGCUCGGUGAUCUCACUGUUGACUUCCACGGAGCCAGUCGAUGUGGUUCCUCACAUCAGCAAGGAGAACGUGAUGGCGGCGCGCGCCCCAGCGCAUCGAAAGCAUCAACGACACCCUUCCGAUGUGGGCCAUUCGCUCUCUGGAGCCGCUGAGUCUAUCCCGCCCAUCGCUAUGAACACACUGAAGCAUGGUCUUCGUGGCCGGUGGCACUUGGCUUCGCCCGUCGACGCAUCCGAAGAUGCCGACACUCCGGCUGAAACCUGGAAGCCUCAUUCGGCAGCAGAAAAGUCCCUCCUUUCUGACGAGCGGGAUCUCGUCAUCGAAACAGAAGGUGUGGAUCCAAAGUACAUAUACACCAUGCAUUUAUCUCUACGCUCCUCGACUGUUCCGAAAGCUCUGCAAGCUGGACCGGCUCCUCCUAAUCCAUCCAAGAAUACCAAGCUGGUCUGGAAGGGAUUCUGGAGUUACAAUAGAUUGACCGAUGACUGGGGUGAAUUUGGUCUUCGCAAUGACCGAGCAUUCGUGUUCCGCCGAGUGCGCGGCUGGGGAUUAGACUGA